UGAGCUGCCCGGUGGCCUUGUAAUAUAAAUACCUUGGGCUAAAGAUAGCUGAGCUCGUGACCAGGGCCCUUCAAAGGCAUCCACCAGGCUCAGCUGACCCCCAAGCUCAGGCAGGGUUCCAGUGUCACCAGCCAGCACUGGGCACGGCAGAGGUGCCUGGAUAUCCCAUGGAAUACGCCCAGCCACUCAGGAGAAACCAGGUUUUGCUUUCUCCACUCUCAAGCAUCCUUCUUAUGAUGCCCUACGGAACAGUCCCCAGCCUGUGGGAGGGCAACACACUUGCAUGGCUGGGAAGAACAUCUGGCCACACUGGGUUUUUUUUCCCUUUAAAAUGUGGAGUUUACAGCCCAGGGAGGUAAACAACAUCAGCAAAUCCCAUUGCCACGCAGCUCAGCCAUGGGAAGGGAGCUUGGCUGUUCCUCAAGUGUUACCAUGGGCAGAGAGAGACCUUCUUUUGUGACCCUCUCCAUGGCAGCAGCACCUGCAACAUCCAUCCCAGCUGCAAGGAGCCAUAAGCCAGCCUGUGCUUCACCUGGGGAUCUCAAGGUGAGAAAAAGGAAGUGCAGCAACCUCUUCUCACCAAAAACCUCCCCUCUGGCCUCAGGGCUUGCUCAGCUCCCCAUAAUACCUGGCUGUGGGAAGAGAUAAACCCCUGUAUACUGACACAGAGCUUGACAGUGAGGAAAAGUGUUAUUUGUGGCACAUCACUUGUUAGUGUGCUAAUCACAGAUUUUUCUGGCUAGAAAUCCCAUUUCAGCUCCGCCAUGGGGUGCCAAGGAAGGCUGACAACAGGGCUCACUUGGGGGCUCCUUCCUGGAUCUCCCCAUCAUUACCUGUGAUUAGUUUGCAGCUGGUGUUUUGUUUUGAUGAAUAAUUUAACCUGAGCAGCUCAUCCUGUUGAAGGUCUAUUUUCUGCUCCCUCCUUAACCCCUUCAUCCCAGCAGCUGGGAACUUUCCAGGCAGUGCAUGAUGGCAAAGCUGUUGCCUCAGGAUCAUGGCCACAGCGGGUUCCCCCAAAAAUCCAAGUUUAGGGAAGAACCAGAAGAAUUUUGCACUUACACCACUGUCAUUGAUCCUCAUGGAUACCCAGCUUAAAAUACCAUGUUUAGUUCCAAUUGCUUUUAAGCGCCCUAGACCUGUGACCAAAGGGGGUCUGGGGUAAAGGGUCCUCAGAGGAGCUCUGCUUCCCACAGGGGAGUUAUCCCUGUGAUCCCCAUCCUCCCCAUCCCUGGGGCUUGCAGGGGCUUCCACACUCCCAGACUAUUUUGGGAGGGCUUAAAAAUACCCUGCCUGUAUUAACGGGCAAUAUUCCCAAGGGCGCAGCAGCCCCGCACGGCCGCGGAGCAGCCUCGGCCCCCCCGCAGUCCCUCGGGGCCGGCCCUGGGGCCGCAUCCUGUGGUCCCGGGCAUCGAGCCCUAUUCCAAAUGGCUGUGAUCGCCAUGACAACGCUGACUUCAGCCUCCGCCACCUACUCGGGCUCAGAGCCGCUGGGUGCCGGCUGAUGGAUUGGUACGGGCACUGGCUGGGGCACCCACGAGCCAGGCAGUGAGAAGGUCCCCAUCCGACGGGGCAGCGGGUGCUCCACGUCCCCCCGCUCUGUCCCGCAGGGCCGAGGAUGUCCUCGAUGUUCGGCAAACCCCGAGGCAGCAGCGAGCGGCCGCCCCAGAGCGCCCUCCCCGAGUGCAACGUGGCCAUCCUGGGGUGCAGAGGGGCCGGCAAGUCAGCUCUGACCGUGAAGUUUCUAACCAAGAGGUUCAUCAGUGAAUAUGAUCCCAACUUGGAGGACACCUACUCCUCGGAGGAGCUGGUGGACCAGCAGCCCGUGCUCCUGAAGGUGAUGGACACUGCUGACCAGGAUGGCCCCGGGAACUGCGAGCGCUACCUGUGCUGGGCCAGCGCCUUCCUGGUUGUCUACAGCAUCGACAGCAGGAAGAGCUUCGAGGGCUGCCAGCGCUACCUCGAGGUGCUCGCCCUGCACGCGCGGGGCUGCCAGCGCCGCUGCCCCGUGCUCCUGCUGGGAAACAAGCUGGACAUGGAGCAGUACAGGCAGGUGCUCUCAGCAGAAGGGAUGUCCCUCGCCAGCAGGUUCGGGUGCCUCUUCCAUGAGGUGUCGGCAUGCCAGGACUUCGCUCGGGUGCAGCACGUGUUCCACGAGGCCGUGCGGGAGGUGCGGCGCCAGGCAGAGUGGAGCCUCCCCGUGCGGCCGCUCUUCAUCUCCGAGGAGAGGCCCUGCCCGCCCGUGGCCACGCCCGUGGCCCUGCCCACCCACCACAGCUUGGCCACCUGCACCUUCAACACCCUCGCCCCCGUCAACUACAAGGAGAUGCCCUCGGUGGCCCAGGCCAAGCUGGUCACCGUCAAGUCCUCGCGGGCUCAGAGCAAAAGGAAGGCUCCCACGCUCACCUUGCUGAAAGGCUUCAAGAUAUUUUAGGACAUGUCCCUGUGGGCUGCAGAGAGGGAGGAGAGAGACCCUCAUCCAUCCCCCCACCUCCACGGGAGCUGGGACCUUCCAUGAUGGACUCACGGCACUGCAGCAGCCGCUGGCACACGGCAGCCCUGGUCUCUGUGCCGGGGCAAAGCCAGCAGUGCCAACCUGGCAAGCAGGCAAAGUGCCAAGGGUCUGACAUGGGCUGUGGCAUCGCUGUGCCUGCCCCUGCCCGGUGUUUGUACCCUGUCGUGCCACUGCCACUGCGGCCAGCCCAGUUUUCUGUGAGGAUGCAGCAGCUUCCAGAGGAGCCAGAGCUGUUGGAUACCAUUGGGAGGGGAAGGGACAACUCCACGGCCACCAGCCAGCUUGGGCACCUGGCCCACAGCUACAGGAGCCAGGAACGAGGAACUAAUCAUUAUCCAGCAUGGAUUAAUGGAAUCCAUCCAUUAAUGGAAUGGAACCCAUCUCGUUCAUCCCACAGGUCCCCGACUAAGCAAUAAGUAGGAGAAAAUU